CACGAACUCGUUCCUCAGUCGAUUGUCGGAGACGGGCGGAAACGAUCACAUUAUGAAUCGCCUGUGCUACGCGGCCUCUCUUGUCCUUGUAUCGGCUGCCCUGGUGUCGGCCGAAUUCGACGUUGUCAAACACGAAAAAUGCGGUGGAGAAUUUGGCGAAGUGCGGAUUGAUCCUUGCCCCGAGCUGCCUUGCAUCUUCAAGAAGGGGACGCCGCUCAAGCUUCAAGUAGAUUUCGUCGCUGCGGACAGUUUCAAGACGCUUCAGAUGAAACUGCUCGGAGAACUGUCCGAGGGCGUCUGGCUUCCGUUUCCCAACUUCGGCCGGAACGCCUGCAAGAAGAACGGCCUCACCUGUCCCCUGGAGUCCGGCAAACCGUACACGCUCCAGAGCACCCUGAACGUUCUCUCGAGUUUUCCGACGGUCAACGCCAACGUCAAAUGGAGCAUGAAAGGUGACAACCAAACUAUCUUCUGCUUCCUCGUCCCCGUCAAGGUGUCAGAUUAACAAGAAUCCUUUGGGUCACCUACCACAGCGGUCAUUAUUGACUUACCUCAAAGCCUUUCCCCCACCCUACUUCCCUGUGUAGGCCCCAACAUCAAGAGGCAUCCACAUGAACAACCACCACAACAAAGAGGAUAAUUCCUUUAACCAAGUUUGACCAUUUGCGAGCCGCACCUGGAUAUCGUCCUUUCCUCAUGUCCCUUGCCUCAGACCAUUAAAAAACACCACCUGAAAGCCA